AUGACGUCUGAACAGUGCGCCGCCGUUGAACUCCAUUCAGCUUUUGCUGUGUAAUAGCCGAUCGAGCCGCAUUGCUAGUUAACAUACUGAUCAGAGUGUGUUGUAUUUUCUUUAAGCUCUCUCCGCAAUAUGGAAUACUUGAUCGGGAUUCAGGGGCCAGACUUUGUGCUGGUUGCGGCAGAUAAUGUAGCAGCCAGCAGUAUAAUCCAGAUGAAACACGAUUAUGACAAGAUGUUUAAGCUCAGUGAAAAGAUCCUGCUCCUGUGUGUGGGUGAAGCCGGUGACACUGUACAGUUUGCAGAAUACAUUCAGAAAAAUGUCCAGCUUUACAAAAUGAGAAAUGGAUAUGAGCUUAGCCCAGCAGCUGCUGCAAACUUCACAAGGAAAAACUUGGCAGACUAUCUGCGGAGUCGGACUCCAUACCAUGUGAACCUGCUCUUGGCAGGAUAUGAUGAGACCGAUGGUCCAGGACUCUACUACAUGGACCACCUGUCAGCACUUGCCAAAGCCCCCUUCGCCGCACACGGAUACGGUGCCUUCCUCACCCUCUCCAUCCUGGACAGAUAUUACAGACCAGAUCUGACUCGUGAGGAGGCUGUUGAUCUGCUCAAGAAGUGUUUAGAGGAGCUCAACAAACGUUUCAUCCUGAACCUGCCGUCUUUCACCGUUCGUUUGAUCGACAAAGACGGCAUCCACGACAUGGAGAAGCUACCCGUGGGCCCUAAAUGAGCUACCACUGUUAAUCCAAUGUACUCUUCACCCACACUCUUUUGUACUGCAAAUGUAUCCCUCUGUGCUCUAAUAAAAACAUUGACCCUCUGUUAA